AUGGGUGGAGCCAUCAGCUGUCUCGCACUACCCGCCUUGAGUAGUCUUGGCUCCAUCCUCGUCUCUUGUUUCUCCGCUGCAGCAUGCUCGCUUACUUGUCAAUCGUGCAAUUACAAUAACUCUAUCGCCACUCGUGUCGGAUAUGCAAUAAUUAUGCUAUUCAACUCCUUGCUAGCUUGGGCUUUGCUACAUGAUUGGGUUUCUAAACAGCUCGAAAACAUCACUUAUGGAUAUCUCAAGUUAAACUGCGCGGACAAUUCUUGUUACGGAGUGUUUGGGGUUCAGCGCACUGGAUUUGGCCUUGCACUCUUUCAUUUCAUCCUUGGAGCUCUGUUAAUCGGUGUGCACGAUUCACGAUGGUGGGGACCAAAAUUACUUACCUGGAUGGCUCUGGUGGUAGCAUCUUUUUUUAUUCCAGUACGGUUUUUCGUUUUUUACGGCAACUAUGUUGCAUUGAUAGGAGCUGGUGUUUUCAUUCUCUUUGGACUCAUUCUCUUGGUCGACCUUGCACAUACCUGGAGUGAGACUUGUGUGGAUAAAUGGGAACAGAGUGAUAGCAACAUAUGGCGGUUUAUCCUCGUAGGAUCCACGUUGGUCAUGUUUCUCGGCUUCUUGGUUCUCACGGAGAUCACAUAUAAUUAUUUUGCAGGCAAAGGUUGCGGAAUGAAUACUUUUUGGAUAACAUUCAAUCUGAUCCUUGGUAUCAUUGUCACGAUCUUGAGUAUUUUGCCUGCUAUCCAGGAUGCGAACCCACGAUCAGGGUUAACACAGUCGUCUAUGGUCGUAAUAUACUGCGCUUACUUAGUAUUGAGCGGCGUGGCGAAUGAACCGGAUGAGGAUACCAAUUGUAAUCCUUGGAAUAAAGCGAGAGGGACAAGGACCACGUCAGUUGUCCUCGAUGCUGUCUUUACUUUCCUUGCCGUAGCCUAUUCAACCUCAAGGGCAGCAACACAGAGCGGAAAGGCCACGAUUGAUAAUGGCGACUAUGCACCUCUCAAAGCGGAUUCAACGGCACAGCAAUCCGAUGCUAUUCUGGCGGCUGUUGAAAGAGGAGCGCUUCCAGUGUCUGCGUUGGAUGAUAUUGAUGAAGAAGAUGAUACGGAAUACGACGCCAAGGACGAUGAGAAGAAUGGAUGUCAAUAUAACUAUAGUUUUUUCCACAUUGUGUUUGCAUUAGCAGCCAUGUACAUCUCAAUGGUGCUGACGAACUGGAACACAUUCGAAGAGGUAGAUAGGAAUGGAAAUAACCUUAUCUUGAUUGACCAGAGCCGGCCUGCAGUCUGGGUUAAGGUGGUCUCGUCUUGGAUCUGCUAUAGUCUCUAUGCAUUUUCACUUCUUGCACCCGUUCUUUUUCCUAAUUGA